AUGAAAUUCCCAAAACUAUCGCCAUUGAUCAUUCUUUUCCUCCGUUUCGCCCUCUCCAACAUGUGCGACGAGCUCAUCCCGUUUUCCGGCUUCAAACUCGCCCACGAGCACAAAAUCCAGGCGAGUCCUCUUUCGGCUCAACACUUUAUGCAAAUCGCCCAGUGCACAAACGGAAAAGCCGUUUCCACCGCCCGGGUGCCGCUUGGCCAUCUGGCCAAUGCCAUCAGCGACACCUUUUGCAUGGUUCUGGGAAGUCUCCUGAAAGAGAGUCUAAGUAUAUUCCAAAAAGUGAAGGCAUUGUUUAAAGGAGACAUCAACAGUAAGACAGCAGCCGCCAGCGUCGACGACAUUGCGUGCUUCAAAGUGGCUCGAAGAAAGAGUUUGGCAUUGGCUGAUUCAUCGUAUUUUGUUCCCCACACGUUUGUAGGUGCUCUUUUCCAGUGCAACUUGACACAGGCACAAAAACAAGCGUACUUGAGCCAUUUCGAUCGCUUGCAAUCACACAACACUGGCUAA